GUUUUUUUAGUUUAGAUAAAAAAAGUUAAACAUUCAAAUAAUCAUGUCAAUAAAAACUGCAUUAGUUUGUGCUAAUUUAUUUUUAAUUUUUUUCACAAUUAUUUAUGAAAUAAAUGGUAAACCACCAGCAAAAAUAACCGGUGGUUCAGAAGCUGCUAUAAGUGAAUUCCCUGCAAUUGUUUCUGUACGUUACCGCUGGAGACAUAUCUGUGGUGGUGUUUUGAUAACCCCUAAACACGUCCUUACUGCCGCUCACUGUUUGGUCGACGAACUUCCGCUGACAAAAAAAAUCAUUCCAUACUCUCCUUGGGAAAUAACCGUCGCUUCUGGUAGCAAUAACUGUUUGAGACCUAAAAAUGUCAACUUAGUUGAAAAAAUACAUGUUCAUCCUCAAUAUGUCGGAGCACAAAAUGCCCACUUCAACGAUAUUGGUGUCAUUGAAUUAAGAGCAGACGUCGUCGCAGAUCCUGAAUCACAGUUUCCUAUAUCUCUACCAAGUGUUGACUGCAAAGUAGGAGAAAAUGCUACUGUUGCAGGAUGGGGCACUACAUAUCCUCGUGAAAUGAAAGUUGCUGAAGUUCUUCAAAAAGUACCUGCAAUAACUUUAAGUAAUUGGGACUGUCGUCUUCGGACCCAUAAUGUUGUUGGUAAUGGUCAACUGUGUGCAUUCUACAGCAAAGGCUUCGGAUUUUGUGAUGGAGACAGCGGUGGUCCUUUGAUAGCAAACAAUACCGUUAUUGGUAUUGUAUCACUCUCCUACGAUUGUGGAGCUGGAUAUCCCGAUGUUUAUACUAGAGUUUACUCGUACGUUCCAUGGAUCGAAGAAAAAAUUAAUGUUUUGGUCAAUGGGAAACCACCUAAAAAAAUUGUAGGUGGUUCUGUUGCUUCGAUAUAUGAUUAUCCUGCGUUAGUUUCUAUUCAAUUACAUGGUUCACAUUUAUGUGGAGGAGUUUUUAUUACUAUGCGUCACAUUUUGACAGCAGCUCAUUGUUUAGCAUAUCAAGAUCAGACUAAUACUUUAAGACUAUUUAAUUUAAAUGAUAUAUCAAUCGCCUCAGGAAGUAGUAAUGCAGCAUUAAAACUAUUUGUUCAUCAGCCUAAACAAUUAAUUAUUCAUCCAAAUUAUAAAGGAUCUGUAGAUUGGCAUGGAGAUGAUAUUGGUAUCAUAGAGUUGACAGAAACAGUAAAACGUGAUGCAACUCAUCAAGUAGUUAGGCUUCCAAAUACCUAUUGUGGUAGUGAUUUGUACGCUACCGUACUAGGAUGGGGAUAUUUAUAUGCAUUCUCUGGACGUACUUCAGACUGGUUACAACAAGCACCUGUUAUCACAUUGUCUAAUGAAAAAUGUUUACAAUCAAUUCCUUAUCAAAUUAAUGAAAAUCAUCUUUGUGGAGUCUAUAGCCAAGGAAUUGGAUUUUGUGAUGGUGAUAGCGGUGGUCCUUUACUCAUGAAUGGAGAAGUAGUAGGAGUGGUAUCAAUGGGUUAUGAAUGUGGAUCGGGAUCCCCUGAUAUUUACACUCGAGUCCAUCCUUAUGUGCCUUGGAUUCAAUCAGUUAUCAAAGGCUAUUGAAAUAUAGUAAUUUUCUAUAAUAUUUUAAUAGUUUAUAAAACUAGUUUCGUGUAUAUUUUGAUUAUGUAAUAUAUUUACUCAUUUUUUUA